AGUGGAAAUUGCUUCGCCAGACGAAUUCAUCCAUAAGUCGUUUUCAUAGCGAAGAAACAGCUUCGCCUACGGUUUACUGUUCGAUUCUUCUUAUUUUUUAUCCUAGUCCAAGUAUCUCGUUUUUAUAAAAUUCAUGGUAUUUUGUCGGCACCGAUGAGACGCAACAAUACAGCUGCUUAUAGGAGUCCUAACUUGUAUUUAUUAUCACUCACACAUAAACAUGCAUGUGUUAUAUAUACAAUACAUACAUACUGUAGUAAAGAAAACAGCAUUCGUGAUCCAAAUGAGGUAGACGCCUAGACGGCUUUUGCCUUUUACGUUCAUCACUGUUGUUCGGUGUUUCUCUCUUACUUUCUGUUAGAUUCUUCGAUUGUUGUAUGUGAAUCUGUGUAUUCUUUUUUAUCAACAAAUACGGCAAACUCUAGCGUGAGAACUGAAAUACAAAUUAUCCGCAAUGGCGGAGACAAACGGAUCCGCCAAUUUAAAUAUAAAAAAUGGAAAUUUUAUUUGCGGUGUUGUCGAAGGAUUUUACGGUCGUCCAUGGACUACUGAACAGCGUAAAGAUCUAUUUAGAAAAUUGAAAAAAUGGGGAAUGGAUUCUUAUCUGUAUGCUCCAAAAGAUGAUUACAAGCAUAGAGCGUAUUGGAGAGAUUUAUACACAGUAGAAGAAGCUGAACACUUAACUGGUUUGAUUACUGCUGCAAGAGAAUGUGGAAUAACAUUUUAUUAUGCCCUUUCUCCAGGCUUAGAUAUAACUUAUUCCAGUGUUAAGGAAGUUACAGCUUUAAAAAGAAAAUUAGAACAAGUCAGCCAAUUUGGCUGUCAAGCAUUUGCAUUACUUUUUGAUGAUAUUGAACCUGAAAUGAGUGAGGCUGAUAAAGAGGUUUUUCAAUCUUUUGCACAUGCUCAGGUUUCGGUUACAAAUGACAUUUUCCAACAUCUUGGUCAGCCUCGUUUUCUUUUAUGUCCAACACAAUACUGUGCAACGAGAGCAAUGCCAAAUGUAUCAACUUCUGAAUACUUGAAUACCUUAGGCAGUAAAUUAGCACAAGAAAUAGAUAUAAUGUGGACUGGUCCAAAAGUAAUUUCACGAUUAUUAACAGUUGAGUCUAUUGAAGAAAUUACGGAAGUGCUCCGAAGGCCACCUGUAAUCUGGGAUAACUUACAUGCCAAUGAUUACGAUCAAAAGCGAGUAUUUCUAGGACCUUACUCGGGUCGAUCUCCUGAUCUCAUACCUAAACUUAGAGGUGUUUUAACAAAUCCAAAUUGUGAAUACGGCGCAAAUUUUAUAGCAAUACAUACAUUAGCACAGUGGAGUAGAUGUAAUGUCGACGGCAAACGAGAUCUUAGUUUGAAUGAUACAGUCUCGGCAGACAUCAAACUAGAGACGGAAACUGAAGAUGGACUUCUAGGGGAAGAUGUGCCUUCUACUCUAUCUCCGAACAUGUAUCAUCCACGUCGCGCGCUCAAGAACGCAAUAAAUGAGUGGCUACCAGAGUUCAACAAAAAACGUACGGCAUAUGGUGUGAUAGCCAAACCGCAACCCAGCGUAGCACCUACAAUUCCUAUUCCUAUAAUCCCUUCGGUGAAUACGUGCAUGAGUUUGACAUCGGCGACUACUACUACUACCACAUCAGCGGGCGCUUCGACAACGCCGGUUGUUGCGGCUGUGCUGGCACCCGUCGUCGGUGUCAGUGGCAACCCUAAUCAUCUGCAAGCGCUCGCCGAGGUUUGUUCCACUGUGAUGAGUAGCGAAAAUUUUGUGCCACCCUCCGGCCCUGUCAUGAACUCCCUUGUCUCCGAGACCAAAGUUGUUAGCGAGCAGGUAAUGCCGCCUAACCCUGGAGGUCCAUCACCCACACUAGCCGUACCACAUACGACGGAGCCCAUGGACUGUAAUAGCACUCCUACAAAUUCACCUGCGCAUCCACCUAAAACAUCCGCACAAGAUGAUGAUGCCAUGGUAGAAAAUACUUCUACAUGCAGCGGGGCAUCUGGAAGCAUGCAAGUAGAGGUAGAUGCGCAUUCAACGACUGUUAAUGGAACAUUGAUGAUUGUCGAGCAAGACGGCGAGCAUCACGAAAACCACGAAGAACGUGAAAAUAUUGACGAACCAGAUGAAGAUUCGCUAACCAGAUUAGACCCGGAUAAGCAAUUAACGUACGAAGAUCUGUCGCUUCUUUGUGAUCUCUUCUACUUGCCUUUCGAACAUAGUGGCCAAGGUAUUCAACUGCUGCAAGAGUUCAACUGGCUGAAAAGUAACGCUCACAUAAUUAUGCAUAGAUCUAAAGAAGAUGACCCUAUCAAUAAAGCUGAUAGUGAAGAAUGGCACGCUCGUGCAGCUAAAAUGAAUGACAUGUGUAAUUCUGUUAAUCGUUUGCUCCAGCGAUUAACUUUUUGCAAUAACCGAGAAUUAUUAUACGAUUUAUAUUCGUAUGUUUGGGAUAUGCGAGGAGUAGUGUCGCUAUUGAAUAGUUAUGUAAAAUGGCUUGCUUUUGGCAGAUUUCCGGCCACGAUGACGACAUUUACCCAAGGGAGUUACACAUGGUUUUCGAACGGCUGGAAAGAGACUUUUAUGAGUGGUGAUCAAGAGCCAUGGGUUUUUCGUGGCGGCCUUACCGCAGACUUACAGAGAUUGAUUCCUGUGGACAGUGGAAACGAUUUAUUCAUAUACAAAGCCCCUGAAGUGCCUAGCAGUAAAAUAUAUACAAUUCGUCCUUAUUUAUCAAGCGAUGAAGAAGCUGUGUACAAAGUGUGCAAUCAGAUUAAUAAUUGUUCUACGUCGUCUGCGGUAGCUGACAGACUCGUUGGUGGAUUUUUAACUUUAUCACCGGAAUUAUGUAUGGUCGUCGAAGACGAGACUGGAAUUGUUGGUUACGCUCUAACUGCCUUGAAUGUCAAAGUAUUAAAUCAAAAGCUAUCUGUUUCGUGGAUUCCGGAAAUGCAAUUGAAGUAUCCACUACAAAGCUUAAGCAAUGAAAUGUCACCAAACGAACAAGAAGCGAUACAAUAUUAUCACACGUUUAUGCCUGAUGUACCAGAGCAGUUGUGCAGACAACAUCCAUCAAAGCUUGUUUGUGGAUUAUUACCCAUAGUCACUGAUCAAUCAGUCUCUAAACGAUUGGUAACUUGUAUUCUAGCGGCACUUAGAGCAAACGGUUCUUUUGGAGCACAUACAACUAUGUCAGUGAAUGAUAAAGAAACUCAUGAAUUUUUUGUAAGAUUAGGUUUCAUUGAUAUAGUUCCGCCAUUGGAAGACAGUUCGACAACAAUAACAAUGUGUAGAAGUUUCUAACAGCAGGCAAAUUCUUCAAUUAUAGUUGUUAAUAAAGUUUAUAUAUUAGGUUCAAAUCAGAAGAAAAGUAAUUAAAUUCCGACAGUAAGAAGAAUAUGCUUAUUUUUUAACGUUUUACUUGCAGCGCCAGAAUUCGUUUUUGAAAAGCUUUAAAAUUUUGUCGAUCAAAUGAGCAAACCUGAAGUAAUAGAAUUUAAUUCAUAUACUUUUUAGCAUUGAUGUAUAUUGUUGAUGCAAAAGAGACAAGAAAUUUAUGAAUCUCUUGAGUAACAAUCAUAAAAGGCAUGCAUGUACAGCGUAGAAAAAAUAUUUAAGUUUCUAUAAUUCGGAUGCGAAAAAUUACGACAGAACUGUACGGUGCAAUACAAUGAAUCACAUUAUGAUCUUAUUGCUUGGACUUUUAGUCAACGUAAAUUACUGUAUUUGUUAAAAAUGUGCUGAGCGCAUUGCAAUUUUAAAAGCAAUUAUUUCAAUCAUCGAUUAAUAGAUCUGGAUAAAUAAUCAUUGUUUGUUUCAAAUUUCUGGCCUUUAAGUUGCAUAAUUUUUAGCUUAAAGUUGAUUUGAAAUCUUGCAUGUCUGUCGAAAUUUAAGAGUUAAACAUUAUUAAAACAUUAUUAAGAAACGUUCGUAAAGUCGACGGUAUCUUUUAAAAUUAUCUAGGUUGUUUUAAUUUUUGUGAACAUGAAGAAUUGUUGAAAGACUUAUUACUAACUACAUUUAUAUUUAAUUUAAUCAUUUUUGUUUACUUUUCGUUAUUAAAGUAAUGUAUAAUAUAUUGUGUGGCAUAAAUUAAAAUCAGUUUUUUUAAAUCUAAAGAACGUGGAUUUGUAUGCCCGAUAUUGUUUUUAUCAUAAGUAUAAAGUGUUUUUGUGUGAAUACAAGUAUUUAAUCUUCAGUUCGAGUUUAAGUAAAUACAAUUUAAUGAGACUGUUUUCAACAAUAUUUUGAAAAAAAUAAUGAUUUUCCUUAAUCGAUGAUUUCGUAAAAACAAUCAUCUCUAAUAGCUAAUAGAAUUAAUUAUAAAACUGUAAAAAUAAAAAAGAACAUUUAGCUGCCUCCAGUUUUGUACAGCGUAUAUGUAGCUAUAAUGAAACUUAACAUGAUUCUAUGAAACCAUCAUAUUUUAUUUCUAUU